AUGAUUUUUAGGUAUAUUUUGUUUGCUAUACGAGAGCGAAAGGUCAAACUACAACAUAAAAUAACUGUUUUUCAAGGAAAUGCUGCCAAUACUGCGAUUCAAUUAAUAUUUUCUUCUCUUUAUAAGAAGUUAACAUCUAUUUUGUCAUUACAAUAUCUUGUCUUAACAUCAGAAGUUGAAGAAGUUGAAAUAUUUAAAAUAUGUUUAGAAUAUUGGAAUAUUUUAAGUGCUGAACUUUAUCGUGAAGUACCAUAUCAACAAAUAGCACCUUCGUAUUUACGAACUGGCAAUUCCAAUAAUGUCCCAACACGGCGUCAAUUUUACAGUGUUAUACUAUCAAAAGUUCGACGAAUAAUGAUUUCACGUAUGGCACGACCAGAAGAAGUACUUGUUGUAGAAAACGAACGUGGCGAAGUUGUACGAGAAUUUAUGAAAGAUACAGAUGCCAUCAAUCUCUACAAGAAUAUGCGUGAAACACUUGUUUAUUUAACUCAUUUGGAUUAUGUUGAUACAGAAUCAAUCAUGACAGAAAAAUUAGCUAAUCAAGUUAAUAAUACCGAAUGGUCAUGGAAAAAUUUAAAUACACUAUGUUGGGCAAUUGGUUCGAUCUCAGGUGCCAUGGUCGAGGAUGAUGAAAAACGUUUUCUUGUUACCGUUAUUAAAGAACUACUUGGUCUAUGCGAACAAAAACGUGGUAAAGAUAAUAAAGCCAUCAUUGCUUCAAAUAUUAUGUAUGUUGUCGGUCAAUAUCCACGUUUCCUUCGUGCACAUUGGAAAUUUCUUAAAACAGUUGUUAACAAACUUUUUGAAUUUAUGCACGAAACCCAUGAAGGUGUACAAGAUAUGGCUUGUGAUACAUUUAUAAAAAUUGCACAAAAGUGUCGUCGUCAUUUCGUAACAGUUCAAUUGGGUGAAUCCCAAGCAUUUGUUGAUGAAAUUUUAACAAAUAUCAAUGGUAUUAUUUGUCAUUUGGAACCACAUCAAGUUCAUACAUUUUAUGAAGCCGUUGGGAAUAUGAUAGCUGCUAGUGUUGAUAAUGUUCAACAAACGAAAUUAAUCGAAAAAUAUAUGCAACUACCAAAUGACGUUUGGAAUACAAUAAUAUCUGAAGCAAAAAAAUCAGUUGAUUGUCUAAAAGAUCCAGAAGUUGUGAGUAAUAUAUUAAAUAUUCUCAAAACAAAUAUACGCGCUUCGAAAGCAUUGGGUGCGCCAUAUGUUCAUCAAUUAACAAAAAUCUAUGAAGAUAUAUUACAUAUAUAUAAAGUAACAUCGGAAAAUAUCAAUCAAGCUAUACGUAUGAAUGGACCCAUGGUUGUUAAACAACGUUUAAUAAAAUCAAUGAUUGCUGUUAAAGAGGAUACAUUAAUGUUAAUUGGUAGUUUUUUUUCGAAAGCAUCAAAUAUUCAACAGGUUCUUGAUCAAUUCUUAACACCAUUAUAUACGUUCGUAUUAGCCGAUUAUCGUGAUUGUCAUCCGGAAGCUCGUGAAUCAGAAGUAUUAAAUAUGCUAGCAAUAUUAAUUAAUAAAGUUGAAGAUCGUAUAACACCUCGUAUACCAGAAAUAUUUGAUUUAACAUUUGAGCAUACACUUCAUAUGAUCGAUAAGAAUUUUGAAGAUUAUCCUGAUCAUCGAAAAAAUUUUUAUAUACUUCUUCAAUCGGUAACUAAUGUUUGCUUUUCAGCAUUAUUGGCAUUGAAUGCCACACAAUUUAAACUUGUUUAUGAUUCUAUUAUGUGGGCAUUAAAACAUACGAUGCGUACAAUAUCAGAAUUGGGUUUAGAAAUUUUACAAAUAAUGCUAAGAAAAUUUCAAACAUGUGAUCCACAAGCAGCACAAACUUUUUAUCAGAUCUAUUAUCUUGAAACCAUGCAACAUAUUUUUGCUGUUGUUGCCGAAUGUUCACAUACAUCUGGUUCGUAUAGAUAAAUAAGAAAUUUGUUUUUUUUUCUCCANAGCACAAACAUUUUAUCAGAUCUAUUAUCUUGAAACCAUGCAACAUAUUUUUGCUGUUGUUGCCGAAUGUUCACAUACAUCUGGUUCGUAUAGAUAAAUAAGAAAUUUGUUUUUUUUUCUCCAUAAACAUAUCAAUUUUUCUAUGAAAAAAAGAGUCACAGAUGUAUUACGAGUUCAGGCAACGGAUAUAAUUAUAGUUGAAUUUUGAAUACCUACCUAUAUUAUUCGAACAUGAACAAUUUUCAUAUGUUUUGAAGGGACAAUUAAAUGGCAAUGAAGAGUCUCUAUCUUAAGAGUGUGUGGUUCAUACCCACAUCCUCUAGUGAGCGACUAGUCAUUUUUUUAAUUUUAGUUCGUUUAGCUAGAAAAAAAUUUACAUUUGUAUAAACAAAUAAUCCUAUUAUAUAUUCUUUUAGGUUUAACGGCUCAUUCACAAAUUUUAGCUAAU